AGGCCAACUAUAUCACCCAACAAGGACUAGGGGGCGCCAUGUACUGGGAACUUUCGGGGGACAAGCAGAUUCCUGGCGAAUCCCUAAUAGAAGCCAUGGCGAGAACUCUCGGUGGAGGGCUUCAAUACGAGGAGAACGAGUUGAAUUAUCCAGGGAGCAAGUAUGCGAACCUUGCACAAGGCCGGAUCUAAGAGAGCCAAAAACCAGGAUGCGCUUCGUGCUAGCGGGGGAAUCGCUUAUAGACACAUGCCUGACGACUGCGUUGCUAUGCCUCGAGAAUUCACACUGCGCAGCAGUUCUCGAUGCGGACCUUUGCCAAGUGUAUGCGUUGCCGGACCGGCUUGGUCGUCGUCGGCCUGCUCCCUCCGUAUGCGGGUAAUCUCGGCUUGGAUGGCCUUAAGCGUCUGCUGGGUGAACAUUCCACAAGGUCGAUCCAACUCUGCGCCGAUCACAAGCUCGGGUCAAUUUUGUCGUCCUGAGCGUUCUGUGCGUUCUGUGCGUUCUGUGCGUUCUGUUGAUGCUGCUGCUGCUGUUGUUGAAGUUCGGCGAGGUCCCGCUCGCUUUAAUCGAGACGGGCCUGGGUCUCAGCCAGGGUUUGAGCGAGGUACAACUGGGUCUGAGCCAUUGCCUCAUCCCUCGCAAGGCAACCCUUGAACCAAUCGGAAAGAUCUCCAGCGCUGGCCUGGAGGGCUCAGUGUUCUUUGAUGA